UCAAAAGCCAAGAAGGAUCAGGAAGGUGGAGAGGAAAAGAAAUCUGUGCAAAAGAAAAAAGUAAAAGAGUUAAAGGUGUUGGAUUCAAAGACAGCGCAGAAUCUCUCAAUUUUUCUGGGUUCCUUCCGCAUGCCCUAUCAAGAGAUUAAGAAUGUCAUCCUGGAGGUGAAUGAGGCUGUUCUGACCGAGUCUAUGAUCCAGAACCUCAUUAAGCAGAUGCCAGAGCCGGAGCAGUUAAAAAUGCUUUCCGAACUGAAGGACGAAUAUGAUGACCUGGCAGAGUCAGAGCAGUUUGGCGUGGUGAUGGGCACUGUGCCCCGCCUGCGGCCUCGCCUCAACGCCAUCCUCUUCAAGCUGCAGUUCAGUGAGCAAGUGGAGAACAUCAAGCCUGAGAUUGUUGCCGUGACCGCCGCGUGUGAGGAGUUGCGAAAGAGCGAGAACUUCUCCAGCCUUCUGGAGAUUACGUUGCUUGUCGGCAACUAUAUGAAUGCUGGUUCCAGGAACGCGGGGGCUUUCGGCUUCAAUAUCAGCUUCCUCUGUAAGCUUCGGGACACCAAGUCUACGGAUCAGAAGAUGACGUUGUUGCACUUCUUGGCUGAGUUGUGUGAGACUGAGCAUCCCGACGUCCUUAAGUUUCCAGAUGAGCUUGCCCACGUGGAGAAAGCCAGCCGAGUUUCUGCUGAAAACUUACAAAAGAAUCUAGAUCAGAUGAAGAAACAGGUUUCUGACGUGGAACGUGACGUUCAGAAUUUCCCAGCUGCCACAGAUGAGAAAGACAAGUUUGUUGAAAAAAUGACCAGCUUCGUGAAGGAUGCACAGGAGCAGUACAACAAGCUGCGGAUGAUGCAUUCUAACAUGGAGGCGCUCUAUAAGGAGCUGGGCGAGUACUUCCUCUUUGACCCCAAGAAGGUGACUGUGGAAGAAUUCUUCAUGGAUCUGAACAACUUUAAGAAUAUGUUUGUGCAAGCAGUCAAGGAGAACCAGAAGCGGCGGGAGACAGAGGAAAAGAUGCGGCGAGCAAAACUAGCCAAGGAGAAGGCAGAGAAGGAGCGUCUGGAGAAGCAGCAGAAGAGAGAGCAGCUCAUAGACAUGAACGCAGAAGGCGAUGAAACAGGUGUGAUGGACAGUCUUCUAGAAGCCCUGCAGUCAGGCGCAGCAUUCCGACGGAAGAGAGGACCCCGUCAAGCCAACAGGAAGGCUGGGUGUGCAGUCACCUCUCUGCUGGCCUCGGAGCUGACUAAGGAUGAUGCCAUGACUACUAUCCCUGCCAAGGUGCCCAAGAGCAGUGACGGAGUCCCCACGAUCCUGGAGGAAGCCAUGGAGCUGGUUGGCCGUGCCAGCUAAUCUGGGUCCUGUGGCCGAGGCAGCUCCUCCGUGGAGCCCCAGACCAUCCUGCCCUGCAGCCUGUGCCUGAAGGAUUGUGGAAAUUCCCCGUGGGGUGGCCGCUCCCAUCACCCGACCCUGUCUUCCUCUCUGGCCUGCUGCUCUCUGUACAUGACACUCGGCUUCAGCUGCCUGGAGGCCAGAAGGAAGGGGCAGUGUGGGGGAGGUCUGAGCCCAACCCAGCCGGCCCUGGCUGUCGCAUUACCAAAGCAGGCUCCGUGUUUGCUGCUGCCUUAACCCCAAGUGUCUCCCCUCUGUUACGUGGAGGCCUGUCUCAGACAAGGCCUGCCUGCUCUCUCGGUCCCUGGCUUUCCAGUGGGCUUCCUGUAGGUCAGCUUUGCUGAGUUUGUGCUUUUCUUUUGUGGUUUUUCUGGCCCUGAGAACAGCAUGGGGCUUGUGAACUUCUGGGCUGUAUCCCGCCUUUCAAUGCUGUCACCUCUCCACCCUUUCUUCUCCUGGCAGUUAUUUAUUACUAGCGGUGUGGCAUGGGGAACGGCUCCUGAGGAAGUGGGGGGCAAAUCCCACUCUUACUCCACCUUCCCGAGAAAGGCCUCCCACACACAGGGGACCACUUUUAUCCAUUCCACUGUGGCCUUGGCCAGAGCGUGCGGGCGGCAGGCAGGGCACAGAGACCCCAUGGGGUCUGCCCGGCCUGCUGCCCUGCUUCGGGCCCUUGCCUCUCUGGACCCUCUGCACCAGCCCCCGGCUCCUGAGCCGUGGUCCCUCCCCGUGCCCUCCCCAGAGCUCGGUGCAUCUCAUCUGGAGUAUGGGCUGCAUUGUGACCCUCCCGUCACCUCACCCUCUGUCUCCAAGAAAAUGGGAGGUGGAGCCUCCUGGCUGAGAAAUUGUUUUGCAAAUGGAUCUAUUUUUGUAUGAGAUUUUUUUUAAAAGAAAAAUAAAUCUUUUCCCUCUUUUCCUCCAUAAUAUAAGAGGCUUCGAUGGCAGGUUCCAGAGUCUCGGGGGCUACUCCCCUCAGGCCUCAGUCCUGCCCGGGCCCUGGGACCUGCACCUCAGCCGUCGCACCUCGGGCCCGUGUGCAUUCUCUGCCAGCAUCCGGUUGUGGCACAGGAGGAAGCUCUUCUCUGGUUGAGUUGAACCAGGCCUAAGGGUAGUGGGAGCUCUGAGACCACAGAGGUUUUUAUAAAUUUAAUAUAUUUAUCAAGCCAAAUGUGCAGAUGCUAACUGGACACUCUGGGGGGUGGGCACAGGAGUGCCCCACACUUGGCAGCCCUGUGCCCUUCUGAAACAGUGGCCCGGCCACACUGUUCGGUGGCCCCAGCAGCAGGAAGCUCAGACUCUGGCUCAGGUGACACUGUGCCCUCCCUGUGCUGCUUGCAUCUUCCCACUGCCAGGCAGGGAGAGAGGAAAGCACUGUUGGGACUCAGCCCAGAACCAUGGCUGUUAGCAUACGGGAGUCCUUAGGGAGACCGAGGGCACUUGCAGGAAGCCCAGCGGCCAGGAAGAAGGGCUCCAGUUGCCAGGCCUGUGUGGGGGGCGGGGGGGGGGCAGCAGCUUCUUGGAGCUGUUCCCGGGAAGACUGGUGCGAGGGCCUGCCGCUCCCUGGGUCCUCUCCUUCUCCCUGCUGACAUCUGGGGCUUUGACCCUUUCUUUUUUAAUCUACUUUUGCUAAGAUGCAUUUAAUAAAAUAAAUAAAUACGGGACAAAAUGCAAACCUGUUUCCCUCACCUCUUGGGCUUCUGGGAUGUCAUCACCUCCAGUUUGUUGGGUUUGUUUCCAACUGUUAAUAAAGCAUUGAAACUAC